AUGAAGACUGACAUUUGUUCCUGCACGUCUGCCUUAGGCAUCUUUGCAUCUUCGCUGUCCUUGGUUCUUUUCUUCUGGAAUGUGGCAGCCAAUUUAUGGGCUGUUGUAUCUUUUUAUCAGCAGGAGAAAUACUUUUCCAUGGUGGUGUUUAUAUUUCUGGUACUCAGUUCCUCUGUGCUACUGAAUACCUUUAGCUGGCUCUUUUACUCUGAGUCUCCUGAAGACCUGGACACUGAUGUAGACAGGUUUAUGAAAGAACAUGGAUUACUGGCUCUAGUGCACGUCAUGCAGCUUGGAGUCUUCCUCAGGCGUGUAGGUAUGUUGGAACUCUCUCUCAGGGGCACUUUUGAUCGGAAGCGCACUUUCCAAAACAGGGGCACGGAUAUUCUAAAUUUCGAUCUGAGCGCUCUCUAUCUGUUCAAGGCAUUCUCUGAAAGUGCUCCACAGCUCAUACUAAUGACAACAAGCAUCAUCCAGAUGGAGGACUUUCAUCUCUUUACAGUCAUUAAAAUCGUUGGGUCUCUUUCUUCCUUGAGCUUCACCGUGGUGUCCUACCAUCGCAGCAUGGAUGUAUUCGUUCCUGAAAAGCUGAAAAUGGGAUGGUUUUCUUCUAUAAUUUAUUUCCUGUGGAAUCUGUUCCUGAUUGGUCCACGUGUGGUGUGUGUGUCCCUCUUCACCUCCGUCCUGCCCUACUACAUCGCAGCACACUUCCUGUCCCUGUGGUUAAUGCUGGUCCUCUGGGCAUGGUGGCAGAACACAGACUUCAUAAAUAGUAAAGCUGGAGACUGGCUGUACCGGGCCAUCGUAGGCCUCAUCUGGUAUUUCAGCUGGUUUAAUGUAACAACCAGAAAUACAAAACUCAUAGGAAUCAUCUACCAUGUGGUUAUGGGGGCGGACACCAUGCUGCUGUUAGGAUUAUGGUGGUGGAAGAGAUCUGUGGAAUCUGCUCGUCUUAGCUUAUUCAUUAUUAAUCCCUACCUAGUUAUUGGUUUAUUAAUGGUCAUCUACAUUACAGGAGUCCUGAUGAAACUGGUUUACUACUGGAAAUGUCAUCCUAAUAAAACGAUUUUGGAGAUGAAUCUAAAAGAUGAGGAGUCAGAAAUGAAAACAGAAUGUGAUGCAAUAUCUUAUGGCGGUCUGGAGGAGGAUACGACUGUGACCCUUGAGUCUAAAUUUGAACCUGAGGGCACAGUUUUAGCUGACAUCCACAAAAGGAUACGACACAUGGCUGUGAAUUUCUACAGCUAA